AUGCAUCUGCGGUCUCUGCUCAUGAAGCGGUCUCUGCUCAUGAAGCGGUUUCUGCUCAUGAAGCGGUCUCUGCUCAUGAAGCGGUCUCUGCUCAUGAAGCGGUCUCUGCUCAUGAAGCGGUCUCUGCUCAUGAAGCGGUCUCUGCUCAUGAAGCGGUCUCUGCUCAUGAAGCGGUCUCUGCUCAUGAAGCGGUCUCUGUCAGUUUGGCUGCCGGAGUGUGAGAGGGAGAAGCCGUCUCUCUCUCUCUCUCUCUCUGUCUCUCUCUCCAUCUUUCUAGUGUGCUGUUUUGUGGUCCAUAAGCGGUGCCAUGAGUUCGUCACCUUCCAGUGCCCUGGUGCAGAUAAGGGGCCUGAUUCAGACGACCCGAGGAGUAAACACAGGUUUAAGGUCCAUACCUACUCCAGCCCUACGUUCUGUGACCACUGUGGAUCCCUACUCUACGGGCUGCUACACCAGGGCAUGAGAUGUGACCAUUGUAUGAUGAACAUCCACAAGCGGUGUGUGGCCAACGUUCCCAGUCUGUGUGGAACGGACCACACUGAGAGGAGAGGACGCAUCCAGAUCACAGCAGAUAUCAAGGACAACAAACUCACCGUCACCAUCCAUGAAGCCUGUAACCUGGUGCCCAUGGAUCCAAACGGUCUGUCUGACCCCUACGUGAAGCUCAAACUCAUCCCCGACCCCAAGAGUGACACCAAGCAGAAGACCAAGACCAUCAAGGGAAACCUCAACCCUACCUGGAACGAAACUUUCAAAUUUCCCCUGAAGGACUCUGAUAAGGACCGUCGUCUGUCGGUGGAGAUCUGGGACUGGGAUAUGACCAGCAGGAACGACUUCAUGGGAGCGCUGUCCUUCGGCAUCUCAGAACUCCAGAAACAAGGAGUGGACGGAUG